AAAUAAUCUUAUCUUUAACGAGUAAGUAAACCAUUACCAUACCAUGAUUAGGCGGUUAGUCACGUUAACUUACCUAUGGGCUGGUAAAUAAUAAAGGCUCAUAGCUGUUAAUCCAAAAACCCCAUCAAGACUUUGGAAGGUGCGUGAGUGUGAAAAAAGACUUUGCCCUACGUCCAUAUCAUUUGUGAUAAAGGUGAGCCGCACUGAGAGCAAAUGUAUGCUUAAUUGCAUUGCCCUCGUGUUGAUAAUUUGUAGUGCAUUAAAAUGAAUCUACGAACUAACAAUAGAGUUCUAACGAAUCUCUUCGUUCUUUUGUGCUGUGUGCCUUUAGCCAUUUUACAAGACCAGGAAACCGAAAGACUGAUAGCCGAACUACAAUUAGACGAUCUAGAAUUAAUUGAUGCAUGUGAAUAUUCAGCUUACGGAAGGAAGCAGGCGAUUUUAGACCAACUAUUUGACAAAACGGUGGAACAGCAGAGAAGGUUUGGAGAAAUUGUGAAAGGCCAUUACGAGCAAUUGAGGACGUUUACGGAUAUUCCCAGUGAUUUGGAGAGGAACUGGACGUACCAAGUUAAACCUGGAGACGCUUUGUUGGCUCAGGACAAAUGGGACAAGUUGAUUGUCUUCCAAAAUCACAUUCAGGAACUCACAACUGAAGCAAAGUUAUGUUUUGAGAAUGAAACUGACUUGUGCCUAACUGGCAUCGUUGGCUACAAUGAUGCCCUAAAUAAUGAGCGCAAAUACGACACUUUGAAGAAAACCUGGAAAAGUUGGCAAACUAUUUACACUACAACUGAUAUAAGUGACUUCAACAGCCAGCUGGGAUUCAUUAAAGACGCCGCCACUGUUAAUGAAUUCGAUUCAGUCCAAGACUAUUGGGAGGCUUUAUUAGACUUUCCCGGCGCCUAUGAACAAGCUGACGCGUUUUGGGACAGUAUUUCGCCCUUUUACGCAAAACUGCAAAAAUUCGUGCGAGAACGACUGUUCAAAUACUAUAAAUUGCAACACGAAACUAACGAAAUCCCUGCUUAUUUAAUAGGUGGCCAAUUUGGUACUGAUUGGAGCAGCAUCGCUGAUAUAAUUUUGCCUCAUCCGCAGCUACAUUACGAUGCAGAAUCCUAUCUCAAGUACAAGAGCAUAGAAGACAUGUACAAAUAUGCGGAAAACGUAACCAGCAAGCUGGGUUUAGGCGCCCUAGGGGCCAACUUCUGGGAAAACAGCAUAUUUAAUUCCUCAAUCUGCGGAUCGCAUCUGCUAGAGUUUUGUGAUCAAGCCUACAGCCAACUUAUAACGUGCAAACAAACAUCUUGGAGCGUUUAUCUGGACGUUCAAGAAACCGCGCUGCGAGUUGCCUUGAACAAUUUGGACUACUCUUCAAUACCCAGACAAAAUCUUCGCUACAAUGCCAUUGACGACGCAGUCCAAAAAUUAGGAUCUCUGCUAGCCAUUGAAAGCCUGGACUAUCACGGGAUUGUCGAUGCUCCGACUAACCAGACUGAUGAUGAUCCGGCACAGAUGACAAAACGUUUAUUAACGGCCCUCAGGCUUAUGCCCGGUUUGCCCUACAGCCUGAUGGCAGACAAAUGGAGAAUGGAGGCCAUUGAACAGAACAAUACGAAUCUAGCCGAUAGUUGGUGGAAAUAUCGAAAAGAUUACUCGGGAGUGGCUGGGAUUGAAAACAACGAACCCGAAUACUUAGAAGAUUCCAGAAUAGUGUCAAACAGGCCCCAUCUGAACCAGUUCUUCGGCACUUUGGUCGCCUUUCAGAUUUUCAUGUACUACAAAGAGCGAGCCGGAAGUCAGUAUGUGGUAAACGAAUUUGAACAGGAGGAAUUUGUAACAUUGCUCAGGAGGCGUCAUACUACUGAAUGGCCCUUUUUGCUCACCAACCAAUACGGUCUGGAUGUGAGGGCUGAUGAACUGCUGAGCUACUUUGCGCCCCUUGAACAGUACUUUGAAUCAGCGCCUACUGAACAGGUUGCCAUUGUGACUCCUACAACUACCACAACAACACAAGCCCCAACAACUAAAGCUCAGUUGGUUACAAAGGAUAAUUAUGUGCUCAAUGAUCAGCCGAAGCCAAAAGUUCGAGCUUCAGAGGCGAAAAAAGUGGUGGAAGAAGCGGACAGUCACGUUGCUAUGUAUGUAGGGGUAGCUGGUUUAGUAGUUGUCGCUUGCGCCCUUGCUCUGGGAGUGGUAUUUAAGAAAUUCCGAAGGAGAUCCAGCACUAAUAACAGAAGAUUUGAUUCAUAGGGCUAGCUAGUGUUCAGGCAUUGUAUUUUCGCAUCACAGCAGAUCUGUCGAUCGAAAAAUCGAACUUGUUGUGAUAUUCUUGUCGCUCUUAGCGUUUAGCACAUCUCGAACAUCACAUUUAAUUUUCUACGUUUUAUUAGCCAUCUUUUUAAUGUUUAAUUUUUCAAAUCCCAAACGCACUUUUCUACUCUGAUCAGUUUCAGCUAUUGAUUCUAAUGCCUCAACAGCGACUUUUUUGGUAUUUUUUUAUUUAUUCUACAUUGUAUUUAAGUAGUAUUAGGCCAAGUAUUGUUUCCUAAGAAGUUCCUCUAGGUUUAGGUAGCCAACAACUAGAACUAUUUAAAGUGACACGGUUUUUUGAGCAUUAAAAUUAUUUGUUUUCUAUUA